AUGUGUAAUAACGCAGCAGCAGCAACCGCAGCAGCAGCAACAGCAGCAGCAGCAACAGCAGCAGCAGCAACAGCAACCCCAACAACAACAACAACAACAGCAGCAGCAGCAGCAACAACAUACAAAUCCUAUUCAAUCUUGGAUUCUUCUUGGUUUUGGUUUAUCCCAUGGAAAACUACAGGAAACUUGAAUGUCGCCCGAUAUGGUCACACAGCAUCCACUUUAACAAAUGGAAACAUAUUAGUUGUUGGUGGAGAUAAUGAUAGUUACCUGAAUAGUGCCGAGUUAUAUAAUCCAUCAACAAACACUUGGACAACUACAGGAAGCAUGAGUGUUGCACGAAGUCAUCACACAGCAUCCACUUUAACAAAUGGAAUAGUGUUAGUUCCUGGCGGAAAUAAUACUGUUUAUCUCAACAGUGCUGAAUUAUAUAAUCCAUUAACAGGCACUUGGACAAUUACAGGAGACAUAAGUGUCGCACGAUGUUAUCACACAACAUCCACUUUAGCAAAUGGAAAAGUGUUAGUUGCUGGCGGAAGUAAUGGAGGUAUCCUCGCUAGUACUGAACUGUAUUAA